UCCCCUUUUUACCCUUUUCCUCUUCCCUUCUUUCUGUUUCCUCUGCUUUUUGCUCACUUCCUCCCUCUCUUUUCUGACACCAAACUCAUUUCUCUUUUCUUCUCCCCAGUGAUCAAUAAAGAAGUCACACAUUCAACUAAAUGAACAGCUCAUAGCACCCAAAAUUUUUCACCUUCCAUUUCCCCAAUUUAAUUCGAUUCGAUUCGAUUCGAUUCAAUACUGGCAUGACCACAUAGGACUACUGGCCUCCAAUCUAGAAAGGGUCUACUAGGCAUCACAUAGUUUCGAAAAAUUUGUUAUCCGGAAAACCUCCGUCGAGAAUUUUGCCCGAUUUCGUGCUCGAAACGAUGGAGAAUGAGUUCUUCAUGAGCGCGGGAAUCCAACCGUGGCGGGCGAUGGAGCUGAACUGCGCGUCUAACCCGUCGAACCAAUGCGCCUUCUACACCCCGGACAUUAACAACUGGGAGGCCUCGUUGGAUCAGUCCCACAACAACGGCGUCCAAUUCGACUCCGCUAUCAGCUCGAUGGUCUCUUCCCCCGCGGCAUCGAACUCGAACAAUGCCUCCGAGAACGCCCUCAUGAUCAGGGAGCUGAUAGGGAAGCUGGGCAGGAUCGGGAACGGGAAUUCGAAUGCGAGCUUGGCCGAGAUCCCCCCUCAUUCUUCCCGUCCCGUGAUGCCGAGCCCGGCCGGAUUCAGCAGUGCCAACACUUCAUGCUACAUCACGCCUCUGAGCUCCCCGCCGAAGGUGAGCUUACCAACGAUGGGAUUGAAUUCGAGUGUGGCAGACUUCUCGGCCGACCCGGGAUUCGCCGAGCGGGCCGCAAAGUUCUCGUGCUUCGGAAGCAGGAGCUUCAAUGGGCGUACGAAUCCAAUCGGCAUAACUAAUCCCGAGACAUCGCCUUAUGGAUUGACUUCCUCGACUAGGUUUCCCCGUGUUUCGAGCAGCCCUUCUUUGAAGGCUCUCGGGCCUGGUGCUCGUUUCCCAGCUCAGCCUACCAAGAAUAACCUGCAGCAGCAGCCGGUGGAUCGUUCCGAAAUGGCGAGCUCCCAGGAGGAGUCAUCGGUUUCGGAUCAAAGGGAGAACGGCCCAAAAGGUUCGAGCGAUAUGAAUUCGCGGAAGAGGAAGGCGGCCUUGAAGGGCAAAGCCAAGGAAUCUACUAAUGCAGCAAAGGUGGCUGAGGCUAAUGAGGACUCGAACGCAAAGCGAUGCAAGCAGAACGAAAGUAAUGGCAAAGAAAAUGAGACGGUUAAAGCCGAGGAAGACGAGAAGAAGACUAAAAACGAUGCGAAGAAGCCGCCCGAACCUCCAAAGGACUAUAUCCAUGUCAGAGCGAGGAGGGGUCAGGCCACUGAUAGUCAUAGUCUUGCCGAAAGAGUGCGGAGGGAGAAGAUCAGCGAGCGGAUGAAGCUGCUCCAGGACCUCGUCCCGGGCUGCAAUAAGGUCAUCGGGAAGGCAUUGAUGCUGGACGAGAUUAUUAACUACGUGCAGUCUCUGCAGCGCCAAGUCGAGUUCCUCUCCAUGAAGCUGGCUUCUGUCAACACAUCCAUGGAUCUCAGCAUGGAUAAGGAUAUGUUCCAAUCGAACAAUUCAAUGGCAAAUCCUCCAAUGUUCCCUAUGGAUUCCUCAGCAUUCCAUGGGCUAAAUAUCUCUGAUGGGACAGUGAGCCAUUGCUCUGCGGACCCAUUGAGCAUGGGAGGAGCAUGUAGAAGCCUCGAUGCCCAUUUACCUUCCCCUAACGAUCUCCAGUACCAGAACUUCUGUGGAGGUGACCUCCAGACGAUUGUGCAGAUGGGUUUUGGUCAGAACUCCCACCAAGAUUCAGCGUACUCCCUCCAACCUUUCCACGGUCGGGGGCAGACUUCGCAGAUGAAAGUCGAGCUAUAAAUCAUCAUUGCCAUGGUUCUGAUCGAUUUCUCUAGGGCAGAGGUCGGAGUACAUACAAGAGACGUGCGAUUAUGUCACCCUCAUGAAAGAAAAUAACCGAGCAAGUAAUAUAUAUUUUAGGUCUAAUAUUGAGGAGAGCAAUUUUUUUCCUCUCUUAUUGAUUUUUUUUUUGUCUGUAGCAUUAAUUUUUUGAGGGGUUUCUUAUUAGUUGGUUGUUGAUUACAACUAUAUGUAUGACCCCAGUGAAAAUUCCAAGUACGUUACCAUAUCUUGUAAUAUAAUGUCAAAAUCUAGAUAAAGUGAGAUUUUCCAUUGUCCAA